AGGCUAAUCAACGCUUUUUCCUUCAUUAUUAGAUUAUAUUUUGUUUUACCCUCAAUAAUCGUAUAACCACAAGUACAAUUUUGAUAAUAAUAUAAAAGUUGAGCUAGAAACGAGCAAAAACACUCUUAGCAUUUUGUUGUUUCUCGGUGCUGACUGAAGAAGUAUUUUAUUCUAUUUUCCUUUGUGCUUUUGCUUUGUAAUUUGAUUGGAGUUAACAAUGACGGUUACAAAUCGUAAGAUUAGUGGAGCAACCGAGUUCCGUGAAUUGACCAAAAAAGAUGCUCCAGCGGCCCUUAAAUCGGAAUUGGAAAAAAUUGUUCGAGAUAUUCCCAGCCCUCAACGUGAACGUCUUCUUGAUGAUUUCGCAGGCUUUGAGAAGCUGUUCGCCAAAUAUAUGGAGGAAACUGGUCCAUCCAUUUUAUGGGAUAAAAUUGAGCCUCCACCACGAGAUGCAAUAAUUGAUUAUCGUGAUUUACAUGAGCCCAAUGGUGACCAGGUAAAGGCAUAUUUGAAUAAAUUGGUUGUGGUAAAGUUAAAUGGAGGUCUUGGUACUUCAAUGGGUUGUGUUGGGCCCAAAUCUUUGAUCGCUGUACGAAAUGGUUUAACCUUUCUUGACCUAACCGUUCAAAAUAUUGAACAGUUGAAUAAAAAGUAUGAUGUCGAUGUGCCACUGGUCCUCAUGAAUUCGUUCAACACUGACGCCGAUACCGAAAAAGUGUCUAGAAAAUAUCGAGGUUGUAAGGUCAGGAUUUACACUUUCCUCCAAAGUCGUUAUCCAAGGCUUAACAAGGAAACUCUACUACCAAUAGCAACCAGUAUUGAUGGUGACGCUGAAGACUGGUAUCCUCCUGGUCAUGGUGAUUUUUACGAUUCUUUCGCCAAAUCAGGCUUACUUGCUGAUUUUAUUGAACAAGGUAAAGAAUAUGUGUUUGUUUCAAAUAUUGAUAAUCUUGGUGCUACAGUCGACAUCAAUAUCCUCAAAUAUCUAUUGGAUACUGAUAAAGCCCAUAGGCCUGGAUUUGUUAUGGAAGUUACUGAUAAAACUCAGGCUGAUGUCAAGGGUGGAACUUUAAUUCAAUAUGAAGGUAAAUUACGGUUACUCGAGAUUGCUCAGGUACCAAAGGAUCAUGUGGAGGAAUUCAAAUCAGUGAAGAAGUUCAAAAUUUUCAACACUAACAACUUAUGGAUGAGCUUGAAAUCAAUUGACAAACUCGUUGCUAGCCAAAGUAUCCACAUGGAAAUUAUUUCAAAUCCCAAACACUUAGCCAACGGUUUGAAUGUUAUUCAACUGGAAACAGCUGCUGGAGCCGCUAUGAAAGAUUUUGAAAACUCGAUCGGUAUUAAUGUACCUAGAAGUCGCUUUCUUCCAGUUAAAAAAACCCAAGAUUUACUUUUAAUCAUGUCAAACCUUUACUCUCUCAAUCAAGGAAGUUUAACCAUAAACCCAGCUCGACCUUUCCUAACAGUUCCUCUGGUUAAAUUGGGCGAUGCACAAUUCGCAAAGGUACGCGAUUUCUUGAGAAGAUUUGCUUCCAUUCCAGACAUCCUUGAGUUGAAUCAUUUAACCGUCUCUGGAGAUGUUACUUUUGGUACUGGUGUCAAACUAAAGGGUACUGUUAUUAUUAUUGCCAACCAUGGUGAUCGGAUCGAUAUACCUUCUGGUUCAGUUUUGGAAAACAAAAUAAUCUCUGGAAAUCUAAGAAUUUUGGAUCAUUAACCGAUCAUUCAAUGAAAGUCAAACCAUUUUUUGACUCCAGGCUUGAAUACACGAAAAGUUGACGAAAGUCGAGUAACACAAUUUUAAUUGUAGAAGCCGAAAUCAACUGCCGAAGCCAUUGAAGCUCCUCAUCCCAUUUGUAGGUAUAGAAGUGCACUUUUUUAAACAAACCCUUUCAACACUUGUCACUGGAAAUCAAUUUGAUAAAAUUCAAACUACCAUUUAUACAUCCAAUAGACAGCUUGAGUUGACUAGAAAUUCAAGUUGUCAAAAAAUACAUCACUUUAUAAUGAUUAGAUUAUGACGGACCAAUUCUAAUUGUAAAUGGCUACUUCUCUUUCCCUAUCAACAUCAAUGUAAUGAGAAAUUGUAAUUCUUUCAUGAGUGAAAUAAACUAGAUUCAGGUGUAAAA